CGAGAGUUAGGUCAUUGUAUACCUGGAACAGCGCGCCUCCGGUUGCAGGAUAUUUUGCGAGCAGCUGCGAAAGCACCGGGUACUACACGCAAAAGGGGUGAGGAUCCAGUCUUGUAGUGAACAACUUGUCACUUGCAGAUGGAUGAUUCUGCAUGAGAGCAGAUAAUGGUCAAGGUUACCUUGAACGUAAAAAAUGACGCGAAUUACGCGGUGGUAAAUAUUAUCGAGGUCUUCAUCAAGUCAUUGUGAGUUAACCAGAUAUCAUCUUGGUAAUCGCUAGCAUCGUGAGGUCUCUACUCCUUGCUGUCAGCAGGCCUCUGCGCCUCGGAUUCAGCACUUCAAAUUGUCGUACACAACGGUUUGCAUUGCAGAUAUCACGCAAGAAGAGCACUAUGUCAGACGUUGGUAGCUCGUCCAUCACGGUGCCCGAAGGGUUCACGCUCCACACGGAAAACACGUCCCACAUCCUGAUUUCAUCGAAGGAGGAGGCAUUUCUGAAUCCAGUUCAGGAAUUCAAUCGGGAUCUCAGCGUCGCGUGCAUCAGAGUAUGGAGCGAAGAACUAAAUAGGGAGAAGGAAGCAAAGUGGAAGCAGGCUCAGGAGAGACGAGCGAAAAGGGAGGCGGGAGGAGAAGCGGAGACGGGGCAGCAGAAGAAGGCAAAAACGGAAUCUACUGAACUGAGCAAUGAUCCGGGUGAUGGUUUACCAGGAGAUGUUCCUACCACCGGAAGUACAUCUGAAGGCAACAAACGAGAGAUACUGUACCGACCCCAUAAGUUCGUGCUACUGGAAGCAUUGUCGGCAACUGGUCUUCGGUCCAUCCGCUAUGCAAAAGAGAUCCCUCUUGUGAGAUUCGUCAUUGCGAACGACUUGUCUGCAUCUGCUACGGCUGCCAUGAAGAGAAAUGUAGAACUCAAUGGUCUUGGACCUUCAUCUGAUCCAGCUGACAGCACGCCCCUUCCUGAUCGUGGAAAGGUGAGAAUUAACGAGGGGGAUGCAUGUGCACUCAUGUACAACCAUCGCACAGAGAAGACACGUGUCGAUGUUAUCGACCUCGAUCCAUAUGGCACUGCUGCGCCUUUUAUCGAUGGUGCUGUCCAAUGUGUCAACGAUGGAGGACUUCUGUGCGUCACAUGCACAGACUUGUCAGUUCUAGCGACGACAAAUUACCAUGAGAAGUGCUUCUCAAAUUACGGUGGUAUUCCUGUCAAAGCGGAAUACUGUCACGAGGCGGCUCUCAGACUCGUGUUAAACACACUGUCAACUUCUGCAGGCCGGUACGGAAGAUACAUCGAGCCGCUUCUAUGUCUAUCUAUCGACUUUUACGUUCGCCUCUUCGUACGCGUUCACUCUGCGCCCAUAGAGGUCAAAAAGAUUGCCAGCAAAACAGCAAUAUAUUACAUAUGCCAGGGCUGCCAGUCAUUCUACCAGCAGCCGUUGGGCCGGAUCGUGGAAAAAGUUCACGAACGAACCGGUAAUGCAAACCUCCAGUUCAAGACUCAAGCGGGCCCCCCUGUGCCACAAAAAUGCACAGAGUGUGGUUCUGCGUUGCAUGUCGCAGGUCCGAUGUGGUCCGGUCCAUUACACAACAACAGUUUCAUUUCACAAGUGCUUGAGCACUUGGAGAGCAACCAAGAUAAAUAUGGUACAGCAGUCCGCAUGAAAGGGAUGCUGACAGUAGCCAAUGAGGAGUUACACGUCCCGUUCUACUUUACCCCAUCCCGGAUAGCUGGCUUCUUCCACUCGGUUUGUCCCCCUUUGGAUGACGUGGCGUCAGCUCUCCUCAACGCCGGUCACACCGUAUCACGUUCACAUGCUUCACCAGGCUCUUUGAAGACUGGCGCAACACGUCAAGAUGUGCAUGAUAUCUUCAGGUCUUGGGUGAAGAAACAUCCCGUGAGAAUGGAUAAGGUCUCUGAGACAUCUCUCGCGAGGCAAUUACUCGCAAAGGAAGCAAGGGAGGAGGCUAAUUUCACCAGACACCCUCGAUCAGUCACGCAAGCGUCAAAAGUAAAACUGGUUCGCUAUCAGCAGAACCCAGCUCCCAACUGGGGCCCCGGUAUGAAAGCAGACUCCGGAACGAAACGUAAACGCGAAGAGGAAAAUGAAUAG